ACGCUGCAACUUACAGCUUAAUCACUUAAAAGACCUCAGCAAAGCACCAGCCUUGCCUGCCUUCUUCCAUAUCUUCACGCCCAUUUCACCCAGAACUUUUGUUUUCUUGGCUCGUUCCAUGGAAGACUCGACUUCCCCUAAGCAAGAAAAAGAAAACCAAGAACUGAGGGAAGUAGAGGGACCAUGGGAAGAAAGGACAGCAGCUUCUCCCCAAGAUCCUGACCCUCAGUCAUCUGAGCCUUUGGAGGCAGAGCAGGUUCCAGAAACUGGGCCCCAGCCCAGGAGCAGCCCCCCUUGGAGCCCCCAGUCUAGAGCCAGCACAUUUCUGGGAGAUGUCACAGGACAAGAAGCAUCACCUCCCAAUUCCCCUCCUCAGCAAACUUCUUCCACUCCUCCCUUGACUCUGGUGGAGCAGGAUCUUGGAGCCCCACUGCAGUCAGGCAGGACCACUACUAGGAUUCCUGAUGCUGGGACACCUCUUUUUGGUCCUUUGGAACAAUCAUCUGACAAGAGAGAGUCAACUUUUCAUCUCACAAGACAAUCGGAAGAAAACACCGUUCCAGAGCCUCAGCAACCCAAACCUGACCCGUAUGGGCUGAGGGACCCAAGCUAUGAUACCUCUAAACAAAAAGAGCUGAGAUUUGAUAUUUUUCAGGAGGAAGACUCAAACAGUAACUGUGAUCUCCUGCAGUCUGAGCCUGGGGCCUCAGAAGUGACUCCCAGCAUGCUUGAGGUUGCCAUUCACAAUGCUAAGGCUUACCUACUGAGGACCAGUAGCAAGUCGGGCCUCAAUCUAUACGAUCAUCUUUCUAAUGUGCUGACCAAGAUAUUAGAUGAGCGUCCUGAUAAUGCCGUUGACAUCAUCGAAAAUAUCAGCCAAGAUGUGAAAAUGGCACAUUUUAGUGAAAAAUUAGAUACACUCCAAAAUGAGAAUGAGCUGCUUCCAAUGUAUGAAAUAGCAGAGAUGCAGAAGGCACUUUUUCUCCAGGGAAAUUUAGAAGGAGCUGAUCAGGAAUUAGAAGAAGAAAUAGCUGAAGGCUCUCUUCCAAAUGUAAUGGAGGCAGCUUUUUAUUUUGAACAAGCCGGAGUUGGUCUGGGCACUGAUGAGACUUACCGCAUCUUUCUUGCCCUCAAGCAACUUGCCGACACCCACCCGAUUCAAAGAUGCCGUUUCUGGGGCAAGAUCCUGGGUAUAGAAAAGAAUUAUAUUGUAGCUGAAGUAGAAUUUCGUGAGGGGGAAGAUGAAGAGGAGGUGGAGGAGGAGGAUGUAGCUGAAGAGAGGGACAAUGGAGCUAUUGAGGCUGAUGAAGAUGAGGAAGAUGAAUUCCCAAAGGCCUUUUACAAGGCCCCACGGGCCAUACCCAAAGAAGAAAGUAGAAUGGGCGCCAACAAAUAUGUCUAUUUUGUUUGUAAUGAACCAGGAAGACCGUGGGUGAAGUUACCAUCAGUUAUGCCUGCACAAAUUGUGAUGGCAAGAAAAAUCAAGAAAUUCUUCACUGGGAGAUUGGAUGCCCCCAUCAUAAGCUACCCACCUUUCCCAGGAAAUGAGAGCAAUUACUUGCGAGCACAAAUUGCCAGAAUUUCAGCAGGAACUCACGUCAGCCCUCUAGGAUUCUAUCAGUUUGGUGAAGAGGAAGGAGAGGAGGAGGAAGAAGUGGAAGGAGGGCGAGAUAGCUUUGAGGAAAACCCUGAUUUUGAAGGCAUCCAAGUGAUGGAUCUAGUGGAAUCCCUCUCCAAUUGGGUUCAUCAUGUACAGCACAUUCUCCCACAGGGUCGCUGUAAUUGGUUCAAUCCUGUACAAAAAAAUGAGGAAGAAGAAGAGGAGGAAGAUGAAGAAAAAGAAGAAAAAGGCGAAGAUCCUGACUACAUAGAACAGGAAGUGGGGCCCCCUCUUUUGACACCAAUCUCUGAAGAUUUAGAGAUUCAGAAUAUGCCCGCUUGGACAACACGGCUGUCCUCAAAUCUCAUCCCCCAGUAUGCUAUUGCAGUUCUCCGAUCCAACCUUUGGCCUGGAGCGUAUGCCUUUUCCAAUGGCAAAAAAUUUGAAAAUUUCUACAUAGGGUGGGGUCAUAAGUAUAGUGUGGACAAUUACACACCCCCAGUUCCACCACCUGUCUAUCAAGAAUACCCCAGUGGACCAGAAAUUACAGAAAUGGAUGAUCCUAGUGUGGAAGAAGAGCAUGCUUUCAGGGCUGCACAAGAAGCGAGUGUAUUUGCAGCUGAGGAGAAUGAAGAAACUGAGGAAGAUGAAGAUGAAGAUGAUGACUAGUGGAAUGUUCAUAUUUUCAUGACCUGCUCAAUGACUACUGGAACAUUUUGAGUUUUUUGUAUCGUUUGAAAAUUAAUGAGGCAAUUCCCAAAAUCCAAAGGUUGAAUGUUCUCUCUGAUAUGUGAAUGCUAACACACAACAAGGUGGGUGGAGAAUAGAAGUUCAGUGGAUUAGACAAAGGGGAAUGAAGGGAAGGAGGGGUAGAAAUUGGAAAAGACAGUGGAAUGAAUCUGACAUCACUUUCCUAUGUACAUAUAUGAAUAUACUACAGUGAAUCCCAACACCCUGUACAUCCUCAGUACUGGGAUCCUAAUUAGAAAAAGAUAUGCUCCAUGUUUUUAUGUAAAAAUGCAGUAUCAUACUGUAUUUUAGUUAUACAUAUCUAAAAAGAACAAACAAAAAAAAGACUAUUGAACAAAUU